AUGAGCCCACUGUUGGUAUUGUACUCGCUCGCGGUGGACCUGCGGGCCGCAGGUCAGGAGCUGCGCGUCACCAAUGAUUUUGUGCCUGAGCGGGAGUGCAUAGAAGCUAACAGCACGGUGGUGGAGCACGGCGUGAGUGGCGAGUUUGCAGGGUCCCACGGGGUCAACGACAUUCGAGCGUGGGUGACGCUGCUUGUGGAUGUGCGGGCUCUGUGGCAGGAGUUGGGCUACAACGAGGCGGUGGUUGGGGGCGGUCUUGGCCGCGGCUGCUGGUGGAAGUACAUGAAUAUGACGGAGCUGCAAAAAGACGCUGAGGAAUACGUGAAAAAUUUCGCCACCGGCGCCAGGGACUUGCUACAAAGCACCGCGAGUGAGAUGCAGGCCUUGCAGUGUCUAGCUAAUAAUCUGAUGGCGAGGAAGCUGGGAGGAGGCGUGGCGCCGUUGCGGGGCCCAGGCUCUGCGUUGGCUGCCGCCACUGGGCUGCGGGCGACGUCCCCAACGUCGGGGUUUGCACUGGGGACGGAUGCUGCGGAGGGGACCCCUGCAGCUUGCCUUCUCGGGGCUCCGCAGUUGAAAUUGGGGGAUGCGCGUCCGCUCACUCCCCACGCUGCGGAAACAGCUACAGGACUCACGAGCUCCGUGCAGCGGACUCCCUGCGUCCCGGCCCCAGACGACCCCGGGAACGAGACGGGGAAUGGUGGGAAGGACGCGGUGCUCCAAAGCCGGCAGCCGACCUCUGCCGUUUGUGCGGGGGAGGCGACGGGAGCGACGGUACCGCGGCCGACUGUGUCACUUGCGCCGGGAUUGGCUUCCGUAACGGACAGAAAUGGGUUGCCUGGGGCCGUGCUGUUUCUGCUUCCAGCUCCGAGGAGAAAAAACUUGAAGGACAAUGCGUCUGUGAGCGCUCGUAAGGCCCGGGUGCUUGAGCUGAACGAGCUGGAGCUAAUGGUGAAGGAGUUUUUGAAGACCGACAUCGGCUGGACGGAUCUCACGCUGAAUCUGGAGGGAAGGUUUAUGGGCAGCCCCCCCUCCCAGAUGUGGUUUGCAGAGGGGCAGGCGAGGCUAGAGACGGGUGAGCGGGAAGCUGUUGUGCGUACACGGCAUCCGCGUUCCCGUGUGGCAAAGCGCCUUGCCCUGGUAGCUCUUGCCCGGGAGCACUUUCCCAGGGAACUGGCGUAUUACCUGCAGUUGCAUGCGUCGGAGUUCAGCUUUCUUGACUUGACGACUCUGAGUUGUGGCAGCGACCACAGCGACGCGGAACUCUUUGGUUCUGGCGCCAAUGUGCUGACGGUGGUCUUGCGUUUGCUGGAGAAAUCAGAACCCGCUCAGGCCCCCUUUUCGUGGGUGCUGGAAACAUCCGAAGCGAUGGAGGGGCGGCGCGGUGGUGAGGGGCAGCUGCAGCCCACGCCUCUUCGGUACCAUGCAGCACUGCUGUCGAAGUUCAAGAGUGUUAUAAGUGAACGUACUGGCGGUGAAGAUGAGGGCGCGGUGGUUGUGCUGUGCAGCGUGCUGCGCGCGGCCACCAAUCGCUUUGCGGGGGACAAGGGAGAGCAGCUAUGGAGGGAGUACGAGUGCCAUACGCCGCCACCAGUGAGUACCUCGCGGGAGUUGGCAUUGUACAUGUUCAACGCCUUCUUUGGUGAAGAUUCGCAGGGGGGAUGUUUGCAGUUCUUCGCUGAGGCGCUGCCGUUAAAGGACAAUAUAAUUCUGUGGAAGGGGAUCGCAAAACUGCGCGUGCAAGAUCGCCUUUUGCCGAUAGCCGAGGCAUACGCCUCCUCCAUGCAGGCUGCUAUCAGAGACGUGAUCCUGCUUAGCUGUCGGAACAACUUCCCGUGUGCGCUGCACCGCAUUUUACUUCAGGCGGAAACGCGACCGACAAGCCCGCUGGUGAGUGCGGCGCGGGAGGUGAUGCACAAGCCGCUUUUUUCCAGCACAACCUCGUUGCUUCGAAAAAGCAUGGAGGACGCCACGACUAACGCGACGGAGGCUGCCUUUGAAAUUCUCCAGGCCGCUGUGAGAAGGAAGUUCUACGACAACCUCGAGGUGAAGGCACGGGUCACAGAGGAGGGAGGUUCGUACACAUGUGAGCUUCUUUUGUUGUCGAGGGAGAACGAGAAGGCGAUGCCGGAGAUACUGGGCCGCGCGGAGGGGACUUCGGAGGGCGAGGCGCGGGGGCUGGCGUCUAUCGCGGCCCUCAAGUCGCAUCACUGGCGUGAGUACGAGGAACUAAUGGGCGGUGGUGCGGCGUUAUUACAGUCGGACUGA